AUGGCGCUCGUCUCCACCGCAACCACCAGCGGCGGCAACGGGGCCGCCCCGCCACCCGCGGUGCGCGAGGUGCUGGACCGCCGGCAGCGGCAGAAGCUGAGCGCCGGCGACGACCGCGAGUUUUACAGUGUGCCGCGGCUGGUGCACCACCUGGACGCCGGCUUCAGGGCCCAGCUGACGCAGCUGUACCGGCAGCGCAUCCCCGAGGGAGGCGACGUGCUGGACCUGUGCUCCUCAUGGGUCAGCCACCUGCCGCCGGAGCGCAAGUACGGGCGGGUGGUGGGGCACGGCAUGAACGCUGCGGAGCUGGGGAGGAAUGCGCAGCUCAGUGAGUUCUUCGUGAGGGACCUCAACCGGCAGCCCAGCGGGUGGGCGUUUGCAGACGAGUCGUUCGACGCCGUGCUCUGCUGCGCCUCCUGCCAGUACCUGGAGCAGCCCGAGGCGGUGUUUGCGGAGAUGCGCCGCGUGCUGAAGCCAGGGGGCGUGGCCAUCGUCGCCUUCAGCAACCGAAUGUUUUACGAAAAGGCCAUUGCCGCGUGGCGCGACAACACAGACUACGGCCGCUGCGUGCUGGUGAAGUCGUACUUUGCGGCGGCGGGAGGCUUCAGUGAGCCAGAGGUGGUGAAGCGGGUGGAGCUGCCCGCACAGGCCACAGGCCUGGUGCAGCAGGUGCAGAUGUGGGGCGAGCGGCUGUUUUCGGGCGGCAGCAGCGAUCCCUUCUUCGCCGUUGUUGCUCACAAGCUUGGCACAGAGUAG